AGCUUACACUUGGCUUGGUGAGUUUGAAGCGGCGGCCAUGCCUCAUCGAUGCGGCCUCCCUGUCCCGCCGUCGCCCUGCCGACGCUCCUCUCCCGCCUCCGCGCGUGCAGGUCCGCCUCCCACGCGAUCCAGUGCCACGCUCUCCUCCUCACCUCGGGCCACCUCGCCGCCUCCCCGCUGCGCCUCUCCAACCUCCUGCUCCUCGCCAUCGCGUCCGUCCCCGGCGCCGCCCCGCUCGCGGACGCCGUCUUCGCGCGCCUCCCGGAGCCCGCCGCCCGCGACCCAUUCCCCUGGAACACCGCCAUCCGCCUCCACGCCCCCGGGCGCCCCCGCGCCGCGCUGCUCUACUUCGCCCGGAUGCGCAGUUGCGGCGUGCGGCCCGACGCCUACACGUUCCCCGCUGUCCUCAAGGCCUGCGGUUGCGCGCCUGGAUGCAGGGCCGGACUCCUGGUUCACGCCGAGGCCGUGAGGAGGGGGCUGGGCGCGGACCUCUUCACGGUGAACGCGCUCAUCAGCUUCUACUGUAGGAUCCUCGACUGCAUCUCGGGCAGGAAAGUGUUCGACGAGGCAGGUGGCGUCUCGCGGGAUCUCGUCUCGUGGAACUCCAUGGUGGCAGGGUACGUCGGGUGCGGGGAGAUGGGACUCGCGCAGGAGCUGUUCGACGAAAUGCCGCAGAGAGACGCGUUCUCCUGGGGGGCCUUGAUUGACGGGUAUGGGAAGCAAGGUGGUGCUGGUGUGGACCGUGCGCGCGAGUUGUUUGAUCAGAUGACCGAGAGGGAUUUGGUGUGCUGGAACUCGAUGAUCGAUGGUUAUGCCAGGCACGGAAGGAUGGAUGAGGCGAGGUCACUGUUUGAGGAAAUGCCGGAGCGGAAUGUGAUCUCGUGGAGCAUUGUCAUUGAUGGGCAUGUCAGGUGUGGGGAGGCCAAGGAGGCUUUGGAGCAUUUUCAGAGUAUGCUACGGUGUGGCAUAAGGCCUGAUAGGGUCGCUGCUGUUGGGGCUGUUAGUGCUUGUGCUCAGCUGGGCGCUUUGGAGCAAGGAAGAUGGCUUCACUCUUACUUGGAGAAGAAGAAGGUGCUGUCUGAUGUUGUGGUGCAGACUGCUUUGAUAGACAUGUACAUGAAAUGUGGGCGCAUGGAUCUUGCCAUGUUGAUAUUUGAAAGCAUGCCUGAGAGGAGUGUGGUCACUUGGAAUGUGAUGAUUGUUGGACUUGGAACUCAUGGUUAUGGUCUGGAUGCUGUCAUGCUGUUCCAUCGAAUGGAGGCAGAAAGAGUUGCAGUGGAUGAUCUUAGUUUACUUGCCAUGCUGACUGCUUGCACACAUGCUGGGUUGGUCUCAGAGGGUUUAGAGAUAUUUCACAGAAUGAAAAAGGAUUUCGGGAUAGAUCCCAAGGUAGAACAUUAUGGUGCGUUGGUUGAUCUACUUGGCCGUGCCGGACGUUUGGAUCAGGCCAGGCAUGCUAUAGAGACAAUGCCCAUGGAACCAACUCCAGAAUUGUGGGGAUCUCUUCUUGCUGCCUGCCGAAGCCAUAGUUGUGUUGAGCUGGCUGAGUUAUCAGUGGAACGUCUUGCAAAUCUUGGAGCUGAUGAUUCUGGGGUGUAUGUUCUUCUUUCAAAUAUCUAUGCUGAUGAAGGAAUGUGGGGUGAUGUCUUGAGGAUUAGGAAAUUGAUGAGUGAUGAGGGGAUGAGGAAGGAUAUUGGGCGAAGUGUGAUUGAAGUGGAUGGAGAAAUACAUGAGUUUGUGAAUGGAGGUGGCUCACAUCUUUGUACGGAUGAAAUAUACUUAAUGCUGUGGAAUUUGUCUAAAAUGGUAGCAUCUAUUUGAUGGCUACUUUCUGUACCAAACAGUGGCAACUCAUCAGUGGCACUUAAACAUCACUGGAUCGAUGAGGAUCUUGAGUAUCCAUGUGCGGUCGAUUUUAUUAACUUUUUAUUGACUUGCUUGUACAGUGGUGACUCAACAUGUGAUUGAAUGAAGAAGCUUUAUAUUUGAGGCUGCAGUUGUUUACUCCUUUUAGUCUGUUUCAAAGGGCAUAAUGCUAACUGUCUGGACUUAAAAGUGGUUUUAGCCUUUGAAGGACAAGUUUGGUCCCUAAUUGAGAAGUGUCUGAACCUCUGUAGCAUUGUUCUUUAUAUCGUCACUUCAUCAGAAUCAAGAUACAUGAAGUUCAGAUUUCAAGAUUCUUUUGCAUGACCUAUGGCAUCUCAGUGAGGGUGUACUUAGUGCUGAAAGAUAUGGGUGAUUGUUAACUUUUUUACUAUGAAAAAGAGGAAUGACGUGAAUGACCAAUUGACCAUAAGAACUGAUGGUGCUCAGAAGAUCCAGCCUAGAUAUCCAAGGCUGUGCAAGCAGAUGAUACAUUUUGAGAACAAUCGAAGUUAGUGGGCACAAGGUCCGAGUACAAAGUUUGGGUGUUUCAGUAUCGCACAGCAGGGAAGGUAAGACAGUUGACAUGGCUCCUUCCGGACAAAAAUGAAUGGAAAUCAACUCCAUAUCUUCAAUCCAAGACCGUGAAAGAGAAAUCAGCCAAGCUUAAGCUAACAAGUUCAGACUUCGGACGGACGGAUCUUGUGACCAAUAGAAGCAAAUAGAAAAAUGGAGAGCUGAGCAGCGAAUAGAUGUUUUGACUAACAAAAUAGAAAAGAGGAUGCAUCAGUACCUGUAACUCCCAUUCUCGGCAAGGAGAAGAAUCGAUACUUCAUCUUUAUCUCUUGUUUGAAGCAAGCAACUGUGGCUACGGAUGCUCAGCUGAAAAAACUUGGCAUCGAGGAUGCUAAAGGCAUCGGUGCCCGUUUCACGUGAACACAAAGUGAAGCAGACAAACAUCUUUUCUUAUUUAGUUAGAGAAGAUGCUUGAAGAAAGGCAACAAAUGGAGUAACUCUUCUGAGCCUGUAAUGGUGACCCCGCAGUGCCAGAGGAGGGGUUCGCAAGUUCUGGAUCCUGCAUCCCUGCAUCUCUGCAAGGGCAAGGUGUUGCUCAGUCCUCCAUCUCUGCAAGGGCAAGGUGUUGUUCAGUCCACUGCUGUCCAUCUCCUCAUGUGACCUCGAGGCAUGGGCUGCACGCAUCUGGAUUUCAUAUUCAGAGUCGUAUCGUACCAUCUACAGUCUGGUGAUAUCUCAUCGACAGUAAUGGUUGGAAGCUCUGGAUCUGCGACGUAUUUUUGUUGUCACUUUUCCAUGGUUCUUCGACACCCCCUUUGGUGGAGGAUGUUGCCAUGUUGCUGGCUGAUGUGGGCAGGCUUCAGCUGCUGUUGCUUUCAGUCUCAGAGCUGCUAUGGUACCACUGGUCACGACUCACGAGGCCGUAGCUGAGUCAAAAUGUGGUCAAACUAAUUUGAGUGGUAACCAAGCUACAGGACACCGGUAUGUGACGCAUGCGCUGCUGGGUAGUGCACAGUAGUGGUAUUUGGACUCUCCAAAGAAAAAAAGCAGUGGUAUAUUUAGCUGCAAUGGAAGCAUUCGGCAGCCGGGUAAAAAAAAAGGCGUUAUGCAUGUGAGGAGUUCACUGGCUGAGCACGUAUUGUAGGUAUCUGCAUUCUGUCGUCUCAUAUUUGUUUGAUUCUUCAUGCUGCAAACGGCUGGUAACAAAAAGGCAGACUAUUCAAAGCA